GCGUAAGGCAGCACUCAUAAAUAUUCGACGUCAAGAUACAAUAAACCGCAUGAAGACCUCCUCUCAGUUGUUCGACGUUGUAAAGAGGUAAUAUCACGAUGGCGCCACAUUAUGCGAUGCUCGAUACAAGAGCUCUCGAUGCCGCGAGCUCUCACUUCGCUAAGCGUGACCUGACUGUCACUCACACACAGGCGGUGACGCUAGGGGUGAUGGCUGUGUACGUGGUAGUGAUCGCGCUAUUAUGGAACUUGCCCUAUCUCCGAUGGUCGCUAUGGCCUUUCAAGAUGCUGGUCAUUGCUUUCCACGAGUUUGGUCAUGCGAUCACCGCGUGUUGCACCGGAGGCAAAGUGGAAUCCAUCUCCCUUGAUCCCCAUGAAGGAGGAGUCACCCAUAUGCGGGGUGGAAUUAGCGCCGUCACCCUCCCCGCCGGAUAUUUAGGAUCAUCCAUCAUCGGUGCCCUCCUGAUUUUCGCGGGGUUCGAUAUUGUUGCGAGCAAGGUUGCCAGCAUUGUCCUGGGUGUCUGUUUCUUGCUUACACUGUGGUGGGCUCGAAGAGACUGGCUGACCAUCAUCACCAUUCUCUUGGCGGUCGGGCUGCUGGUGGCGUGUUGGUUCAUUGCCCAUGGGGAGGCGCUGAAGUGGGUGGUGCUGUUCAUCGGUGUCAUGUCUGCUCUUUACAGCGUCUGGGAUAUUUGUGACGACCUCAUUAUUCGAAAGGUCAACACUUCAGAUGCCAGCGUGUUUGCCAAGCGCUACGGCGGCUCCUCCCGCUGCUGGGGUGUUAUUUGGUCCAUUAUCUCCCUCUGUUUCAUGGCUAUCGGCAUCAUUGCUGGUAUUGCGGCAUUCCGGGAGUCAUUCAGCGAGCAAGAAGAAUCCUCGAAGCAUUUUAUUCCCACUAUCUAAGGGCGUAUUCGACGUUCUUUAGAAGCGGGUAGUAUCACGAACAUCUAUAUCGACGAGAAGACGAUUGAAGCCUGUAUACCUGGAUUGGUGUUGUCUGGAUUUUUUCCUUAUACCCCUGUGUUUAUGCCGAACUGAUACGAAUGCGUCACGGAUUGAAUGUUAUAUCUCUUUUAAGAUGGUAGUUCCCGGAGGAUUUCUAAGUAAUUCAAUCAAGAGAUUUGAAGUUAUUACA